AUGAGUUCCUCCAGUUCGUCAAGCCGUUGCAAUGGGAGAAGAGAGACUGUGGGUGUACCAAAUCGGUGCUGGUGUGGAGCAAAAUUGACGACUUUCGGAUCCAAAACGAAGGAAAACCUGUUCCGUCGCUUCUACAUAUGUAAAAUCGGAGUUCAGAGGCAAAACGAAGACCACUUGUUCAAAUGGGUUGACGAGGCUAUUAUUGACGAGAUAAACAUUGUCGAUGUUAACCAGCGUCAGCAACAGGCGGAGUUUGCAUCUUUUAUGAAGGCAACUACUGAAGCCAUUGAAAGUCAGGGCAAAUGCCUCGAUGAGGCCAUCUUUGACAUGAAAUGUAGACUCGAAGAACAAAGAACCUUAAUCACAGAAGGUUUGGCGUCAGCAACUAAAGAGAAUGCAACGGCCACCAUUGAAGAUGGUUUGGCGUCAUCCAAUCUUGCUUCAGCGGUAGCCAAAACGCAGACACCACUUCUCAACUUUGCAGCUUGUGGCAUAGUCUUUGGAACACUGGCGUUCCUCUAUGCAAAACUGAGUAACUAA